AUGUCUGUAGUAGCCGACCUCGUCCGCCGGUGGGAGGCCGACGUUGAGCGGGUGUCUCUGCUUCCUCUGUCUGAAUCGGACGAUGAAGAGGUUUCUGCGGAGACGAGCUCGGUGGACUCAGGCAGCCUUAACAUCGCUGCCCUCUCCUCGCCACGUGUGAACGAGUUGCUUCAUAUCGUGAGGUCGUUGUCAUCGUCGUCGUCGUCCAGCCCGUUGUUAUCGUCGUACCAGGUCCAGAGCCUACUGAAACAGUCGGGCCUGGCUGCCUCGGCCGAUGACGUCCAGGGCUUGGAGCAGAAGAGCUCGUAUGAAAGCGAGAUUGAAUGGCUCCUCGUCAGCAAGGCUACCGUGCAGACGUACGGCAUUAUUAUGAAUACCCUGCUUGACCAGAUCAUCCCCCUGAGCGACGACAUCUGGUACUGGGACGAGGUCCUGGGCUCCUACUCAUACAGCAGCAUCUACGCCGUGCAGACGGCGCCCCUCCGCAUGUGGGAUUGGACAAAGGACAUCCUGGGCGAGAGCCGCUCACGCUUCCGGCAGCUUCGCGAAUCGCCAACAGAGACGCUAAACUCGGGAAGAGCCACGCUGUCCAGGCAGUGGAGCGAGUUCUAUGGCAUCGUCAGGAGAACUGUUGCAGAGCGCUCGAUUAAGGAUAUCCAGCGCAGGAUGCUCUCCCCCGUGGCCAUCUGCCGGUCCCAGGCUCGACAUAAGCAAAAGCAACUGAAGCAGCUCCGGAUGUUGAUUGCCAGCGGUCUCGGCACCCUGAUCGACGAAGGCCUCGGGUUCGACGAAGGCCACGGCUCUGGCAAGGAGAUCAAGGCUAAUGACAACGGCCAGAAAUGGAAAGGCAUUGUUGAGCGCAGCGUCAUUCUGAUGGACAUGGUCCUUUAUGAAGUCCUCCAGGUCGACUACGAGGUUCGCGAAUUCGAAGACAAGAUUUUUAACGGAGUCGAGGAGGAUCCGGAGCUCUCUAUUCACCACGAAGACGAGAAUGGACUCCGUAAGCCGGCAAUCCUUGCCAAGCGCCUUCUUAAGCUACUAGAAACCCGCAUCCCAGAGCAUGUGCGCGACACAAAAGUUGUCGUCAGCCAAUAUGGCCGCCCGUCGGCCCUGGUCAGAUACUGGCUCCCGAUCACGGUGCUCGUCCUGUCGUCAUCUACCUUGCUACGGAUAGUUGUCAACCGCCAGGACGAUAUACUGAACUGGGUUCGCAACCUUGGCGCCACCGUACGGGACUUCUGGUUCAACUGGGUGGUAGAGCCGAUUCGCAAGGUGAUUGGGACGAUCCGGCACGACGAAAACAGCGAGAUUGCUAUCAUGAGCCGGGAUAGCCUCAAGGCGGACCGCGAGAGCCUGGAGCGGAUGGUUGUCGAAUUUGCCCGCGACAAGCCGCUCCACGCGGUCGGGGAGGCCAACAUUACAGAUGCCCAGCUGAGCGAGAUCCAGGCCAAAGUCAGGGAGGGCGACGUCACCCCGGUGCUCCGCGCCUACGAGAACGACCUGAGGAAGCCAUUUGUCGGAGCUGUCAGGGGCGACCUCGUUCGCUCCCUGCUGAUCCAGGUCCAGAAGACAAAGGUCGACCUCGAGGUGGCCAUGAGCGGCAUCGACUCGCUCCUCAAGAGCCAGGAAUUGGUGUUUGGCUUCGUCGGCCUGACGCCCGGCGUCCUGGUCUCCAUCGGCGUCUUCCAAUACCUGCGCGGCGUGCUGGGCGGCCGGAAGGGCGUCCGCCGGGGCCAGAAGGCCACGCGGGCCAUGCGGGUGCUGCGCAACAUCGACCGCAUCUUCUACGAGGUGAAUGCGACGGCGGACCCGCAGAAGCCGCCGCUGCUCUCGUACAAGGACCACGGCCUGCUCGUGUGCGAGGUGCACAUCCUGCGGGAGCUGGCGCACGGCCUCAUGCCGCGCGAGAUCGAGAAGGAGUUCCUCGAGGACCUGGACGACCUGGUCGCCAACACCAAGGGGAUCCAGCUGCAGAUGAUGGCUUUUGAGAGGAUCCGGUGGGCGUACUCGAAGUGGCUGAGGUAG